GCCAGUGGUACAUUUGUCUGUGCAACGGAGAGUGGCGCUGGGUGUUUACUUUGGAGUUCCAGCAUCCAUUAUGGACUAGUUAAAAGAGUUGAGAAGAGGAAAUAAAAACAGACUCUGACCUGACCUUUCAGACAUUUUGAACCUGGUGUGAUGUGAGGACCACACUGAGCGCUGGAAAUACUCCAGAUUCUUAAAUCAGACCUCAGAUUAGAACUGGACCAGACCCUUCGGAGUACUGGAUGUCAGGACCUUGGUAAGAAUCAGCCUGGAAUCAUCAUCAUCAUCAUCCUCGUCACUGGAAACAGAAGAAGAGCGCACACUAGUUUCCAUGGAGUCCAAUAUUUCAGGGUCUUUCCUCUUCAACAACAGCUUGAACCAGUUCCCCUCAGACAUCAAGGCCCCGGUGUGCCAGUACUCCAUUCCCAACUCCUUCUACAAGCUCAGCCCCGCCAAUAUCAACGCUCAGCUCCAGGCUGGCACUCCGCAUGGCAUCAGUGACAUCCUGAGUCGAUCCUUGAUGGGCGGCCCGGGAACCCCUGCGCUAUUGUCCGGGUACCCCACCAUGGGUGGCUUUGGGACAGCUGUGCCCAGUCCAGGGGUGUAUUAUAAUCGGGAUUACGCCCCAUCGGGACUGAGCGCUUUCCCUAAAGCGGGUGUUGAGUGUUCGGGUAUGAAGGGCAAAGGCAGCAGCUGCUGGGUGGACGGAGGGUACGAGUGGAGAGGAGCGAGACAGCAGUGUGCCAACAAUGGUGGGCAUCACACUGAGACGGCGGGGAAAAAGAAGCACACAAGACCCACUUUCAGCGGGCACCAGAUCUUCGCUCUGGAGAAAACCUUCGAGCAGACCAAGUACCUGGCAGGACCAGAGAGAGCCAGACUGGCAUACUCACUAGGCAUGACUGAGUCACAAGUUAAAGUGUGGUUCCAGAACCGGCGCACUAAAUGGCGGAAGAAGAGCGCGACGGAGCCCAGCUCCACACAGCCCUCGCGGGUAGAGAGUGGAGGAGACGGCUCAGAGAACGAGGUGGAGGACGAGGAGUACAACAAACCGCUGGACCCCGACACGGACGACGAGAAGAUCCGACAGCUGCUGCGAAAACACCGCAGAGCUUUCUCAGUACUGCGCCUGGGACCGCAUCAUCUCUGAAGGCGAAGGCACGUUCAACAGGCCGCUGUCCCAUAAUACCAACAUACAAACAAACACGCAUAUUCAUACACUCCAAAAAAAACAAGGGGUCUCAAAUUAUACGAAUACACAGUAAUAUAUAACCGUUCUUGGUAACACUUUCUACGAAAAUUACCACCAUUUAU